GGAAGAGAAGUAAGCCACGUGGAGGAGGCAAAGGAGAAAAAGGUGCUUGAGAACUCGGAGACCCUCUAAGUGGUGGCCAAAUUCCCUCAGCCGGAUUCAUUCACAACCCACCCCAGCUACUGAGGACAAUCUGCCUCUGACCUGCCCCAAAGCUCCUCCGGUUGUACUUCUGGCGGCUCGGACAGGUUUUAAAAACCCGUUUUGAGCAACAUACUACUGGCCUUCACAUCUCUGGGUUUGAACCUGGGACCUUCUGCAUGCAAAGCAGAUGUUCUACUGACUGAGCCAUGGACCUUCCCCGUGUGCAGGAGUUAGAGGAGCUUCAUCUUACCUCCUCUUGCCCACUUGGGGGGGAGAUAUAGAACGGGGUUGCUGAGGAAAGCCUGGAUCAGUCAGAAGAUACUAGCCUGUCUGCUUGCUCCAAACCUGAUCUGAUCUCCUCUCCUAGAUGGAGGAUCCAUUUCUCAAAGGUCUCAAGAAAGGAUCUGCAAGCAGCUGCUCAGCAGGUGAGGGACAGGACAGUCAUCAUUCUCGGGAGCCAUAUCGGGUCUCAUCAGAAAUAGCCGAGGGUGAAGUGAAGGAAGAAACCUUGGGAGAUCAAGAGUUAACAAGAAGUCAGGAGGAAAGCCAAGCGGAGAAUGGGAGGAAUAAAGCCACUCUUACCCAGGCCGAUAACUCCUGUCAAAUCCCAGUCCACAAAAACCAUCAGAAGAGGAAUAGGAAGCAUGAGUGUCCUUCAUGUGGCAAAAUAUUCGAGAGUAAAUCUCACCUUCACUCACACUGUAGAAUCCACACGGGGGAUAUUCCCCGCAUGAUUCUUUUCCGCAUUCCCUGUGGAAAGAGUUUCAGUCAGAUUUCACAUAUUGCUUCACAUCAGAGAAUUCACACAGAAGAGAAACCACAUAAAUGUGUGGAGUGUGGGAAGACCUUCAGUCAGAGUUCACACCUUAGUUUACAUCAGCGAGUCCACACAGGAGAAAAAAUAUUUAAAUGCUUGGAUUGUGGAAAGAGCUUUAUCCAUAGCUCUAGCCUUACUUCACAUCAAAGACUUCACACAGGGGUGAAACCGUAUACCUGCUUUGAGUGUGGAAAGAGUUUCAAGCAUAGCUCAAAACUUAGUUCACAUAGCAGAAUCCACACAGGAGAGAAACCAUUUAUAUGCAUGGAGUGCGGGAAGAGAUUCCGUCUUCGCACACAGCUUGCUGUACAUCAGAGAACCCACACAGGGGAGAAACCAUAUAAAUGCUUGGAGUGUGGGAAGAGCUUCAGUCAGAGUUCGCACCUUAAUUUGCAUCAGCGAGUCCACACAGGAGAAAAAAUAUUUAAAUGCUUGGAAUGUGGAAAGAGCUUUAGUAAGAGGACAGCCCUCACUAAACAUUGUAGAAUUCACAUGGCAGGGAGAGUGUAUGAUUGCAUGGAGUGUGGGGAAAAAUUCAGUGAGAACAGGCUUCUUAUUUCACAUCAAAGAAUUCACACAGGAGAAAAACCAUAUAGAUGUGUGGAAUGUGGAAAGAGCUUUAGCCAUAGCUCUAGCCUUACUUCACAUCAAAGACUUCACACAGGGGUGAAACCAUAUAACUGCUUUGAGUGUGGAAAGAGUUUCAGGCUUAGCUCAGAACUUAGUUCACAUAGCAGAAUCCACACAGGAGAGAAACCAUAUAAAUGUUUGGAAUGUGGAAGGACGUUCGCCCACAGCGCGUCCCUUACUUCACAUAAGAGAACUCACACAGGGGAGAAACCAUAUAAAUGCUUGGAAUGUGGAAAGAGCUUCAGUCAGAGUUCACAUCUUUCUUCACAUCAGAGGACUCACACAGGGGAGAAACCAUAUAAAUGCUGGGAGUGUGGAAAGAGCUUCAGUCAGAGUUCACAGCUUACUGUGCAUCGGCGGAUCCACACAGGAGAGAAACCAUAUAGAUGUUUGGAAUGUGGAAGGACGUUCGCCCACAGCGCGUCCCUUACUUCACAUAAGAGAACUCACACAGGGGAGAAACCAUAUAAAUGCUUAGAAUGUGGAAAGAGCUUCAGUCAGAGGUCACAUCUUUCUUCCCAUCAGAGGACUCACACUGGCAAGAAACCAUAUAAAUGCUGGGAGUGUGGAAAGAGCUUCAGUCAGAGUUCACACCUUACAGUGCAUCAGCGGAUCCACACAGGGGAGAAACCAUAUAAAUGCACGACAUGUGGGAAGAGCUUCAGUAAUAAGACAUGCCUUACUUGUCAUCACAGAAUCCACACAGGGGAGAAGCCGUAUAAGUGCUUUGAGUGUGGAAAGAGCUUCAGUCAGAGUACAAGCCUUAGUACGCAUCAAAAGAUGCACAGAGGGGAAAAGAAUACGUGCUUUGAAUGUGGAAAGAGCAUCAGUUGUAGCUCAAGUCUUACUUCUCUUCAGAAAAUCCACACAGGAGAGAAACCAUAUAAAUGCUUGGAGUGUGGAAAGCUUUAGGUGGAGUACACACUUUACUUCUCAUCAAAAAAUCCAUACAGGAGAGAAACCAUAUAAGUGCUUGGAGUGUGGAAAGAGCUUUAGGUGGACUACAAACUUUACUUCUCAUCAGAAAAUCCACACCAGCAGAGAAACCAUAUAAAUGCUUGUAGUGUGGGAAGAGCUUUUGAUGGAAAACAUACUUCAUCUCACAUCAAAGAAUCCAUAUGGAGGAGCCACUAUAAAAAUAUCACACUAGAUUAUAAGUAUCCAUAUUUCUUGCAGAACUUCAAGGAAUUCACAAAGGAUAAAACAGCAUCCCUCUUCCAGCCAGCAGCAAAACUCUGACCUCUUUCUUCUUUGGGUGGCUCACUGAAGAAACACAUUUCAGCCCUCAAAGGCCAUUAUGGAAGCAUAUUCACCCAGCGGUAGUAACGUGACUGGCCUUUAGCAAGCAAAGAAGCAAGUCUCCAAAUAUAGCUAGCAGCCCUGAACUGUACUUACGUUUAGUGCAGCAACAUUUAGAAUCCUGUCUGCCAUUCUUGUCACUUCUCAAAGAAGACUUCAUGAAGCUAAGAAAGGCACAGAAAUGGACUUCUGGAACUACAAAGAGCCUGGAGUCCAUUCACGGUUGGAGCAUGUUCACUCUGAGGAGAUGCUGACCCGUUUGUGUUUUCUGGAGGUGGGGGGAUCUAGAGGUUCCCAACCACUGUUAGAGGAACACCGUAACUCAAUGUAACCUGUUGAAAAUGGUUGGCAAGCUUUGAAUACAGACAAAAAGGAGGACUAAUAUUUUCACAUUCUGUAUAUGUAAUGUUUUUGAAUGUGGUUAGCAAUAAUGCAUUUAUUUUGCUUUCUCCUUGGGUAAUAGAUGGAUUAAGCGAGAGGAGAAUUUCUUUAUGCAUUACAAAGGGGAUCACUGGAAUAAUGCAGUUCUCUGCUUUGCAAAUUCAACAAGGCUAAUAUUUCUGAGCUUUUAAAACAUUAAGAUGUUCAAGGGCUUCUAAACACGAGUGCUUUCUUUGCUCAGCAGAGGGAUCCAUAGGUAAACUCUUAGAAUACCUCCUUCUGUUUAAAGGGUGCCCUUUGAACCAUACACAUCUUCAGGAUAAAACCUGGGUAGGAUAUUACAGUGAAGUGUCUGCCUUAUGUUACAUGUCUGUUGGUGUAGUUCCCUUUCAGUGGAAUGGUGGGAUAUAUACAUAUAUAACACUGUAUAUUGUUUCUCAACUUCUGGAGGAGGAGGCCAGACAUCUUGACUUGGAUUCCAACCUAUUAUUAGUUGCAGGCAGAAGUAAGGGCAGCUAGUUAAGAUUAGCAUCACCGGAGUGUGUUUACCAGCUCAAGUGUGUCUUCAUACAAUGAGCAAAAGUGUGGGGAUCCGUGGUCGAACUGGAUGAUCUCGAAGGAGGGGGGGAAAUCAAGUUCCACAGAUGUUUUCAAUUUGCUAAUUUUAACAAGCUUUGAGACGUACAAACUUGUCAUGACACCCUUCAAGGACCAAAUAUGAAAGCGCAGACAGAAGUGGGACAUCCGUGUCUUAGGGUCAGGGCAGAAUCAAAUCAACAGAUGUUUCUCUUUUGCGAACUGGAUUUCGUGUUCAUCCCAAAGUGAAGAAAAUGUACUUUUUAACAGUUGUGUUUUUUUAAAUUAGAUUUUAAAUGUUUAUAUACAGAAAGACCAAAAAAAGCCACUACAAUAAACAGAAAGAAAGAAACGUACAAUAAGCGAUUGUGUUCCAGUGUAUAUGGGGAGGGGGUCAUGGGACUGGA